CCCGAAAAAUGCUCGAUGAAUAGCUGCGGGUCUAUUUUCACUCAACAUGUGAUUUUGUUUACAAUUUGUUUAUGUUUUUCUGGUGAUUAAUUAAAUUGCUUAGUUUAUUUUUCUUUCUGCUUUUCUAUCAAUUAUGAGUUCGUUAUUUCGCCCAUCGGUAAGGUUAUUUAAAUCAGCUCUAAGAUCGAAUUGUAAUGGUUGUAAUGUAAGAACAUUUUUUAAUUUCCGAAAAUUGAGCGAAGGAAUGUCAACAAAAAGUGUCAUGAUUUCGACUGCGAUUUUAGGAGGAUAUGGUUCUGCUUACCUUUACCUUAAACGGGAAAAGGAAUUGAAAAGUAAAAUGGAGCGAAUCGAAGUGGUGAAAAAAACGAUCGGUGGGGCAUUUGAUCUGACAGAUCAGAAUGGAAAACCUUUUGGUAGUAAAGAACUACUUGGUCGAUGGACUCUUAUGUAUUUCGGAUUCACUCAUUGUCCUGACAUUUGUCCUGAUGAAUUGGACAAAAUAACCGAAGUUGUGCAGAAAUUGGCAUCUUUCAAGAACACUGGAGUUCCGGAAGUUUUUCCUCUCUUUGUCACCGUUGAUCCUGAACGUGAUGAUCCCGCUGCCAUAAAGAAAUAUUUAGCUGAUUUUUCGCCGAAAUUUAUUGGUUUGACCGGAACAAAAGAAGCCAUAAAAAAAGUAUGCGAUCUAUUUCGAGUAUACAGUCACGCUGGAAUACCAGAUGAUAACAAUGAAUAUAUUGUCGAUCAUACGAUUGUUACUUAUCUUCUUAACCCUGAGGGUGAAUUUGUAGAUUACUAUAUGAGAUCAAACGAUGCAGAUCAGAUCGUGAAAGCGAUAUUGCAUCACAUAAACGACUAUAUGGUUUUACAGAACAAGAAAUUAUGGUUAAUCAAAUAGAUCUAAUUUUAGCAUCAGCAACUUUUCCAAUUUUCACUGUCAUUAUAAUGUCUCUUUGUAAAUUAUCAACUAAAUUAAGUUUCAUCCAUUAUCAAGAGGAAUCCGUUGGAAACUCAAAAAUUGAAAUCAUUAAUGAUCCAGAGAUGUGAUACUCUCAACAAUGUCUCAUCGAUUACAUGUAUAUUAGCAAUUAAAACGAGUCAAUUUUCUGUAUCAAAA